AUGACAUUGGCGAUCGACAAGCUAUUUCGGCCAAUCCGAAGCAAGAGAACACGGGCCUUCAAGCCUGAGGACCAAUCAGAAGCGUUUACAAAGUCAACUUCCGUUUUUGUUCCUUAAAUUUGGCGGGGCAGAGAAGUGGUGCUGGUGGUGAACCGCCCUGUUAUUUUCCAAUCGCACAAUCACAAUAAAAAUAGAAGAAGUUACGCCAUUUGAUCAAAAACUACCAUUUGUACAAUUGUUUGGGACUAAGACUGAAGUCAGCUGCAGGGGAGAGAUGACAAUUUCCCGCUGCCUGCUCACUUAGUGAUGUCGUUCUUCUCAUCGAUAACUGUGACGGGAGCAGCAGAAGCCAGAGAUCGACAGAGAAAACUCUGUCCAUAAUAUGUUUGUGUAGUGAAGUCUGCCACGCACGCAGAGAGUGGGGCUCGUGGAGUCGCCCUGACAUCUGCACCGCAGGACACAGACACCUGAAAGCGAAGGAUGGAUCAUCCUGUUGAAGCUGUGCCACAGACUGUCGUUGCCCGUAGCACUCCACUUCCUGUGUGAUAUCCCCCCCACACGUCAGUAGCUACACGUCGCCCUGCGGACCGGCGGACCGCCCGGAGGCGGUGGACAGACACGAGUCAUGUCCCGGUCCAGUCGGCGUUACAAGCCUCUGCAGCAGAGCAACGGCGGCGGCUCGUUGCCCAUCUGUGACCGGGUUCGAAUGCCCCGGGCUCGGGUGCUGCUGCUCUGCCUCCUCGGAGUGCUGGUGCUGGCGGUGGUGCUGGGAGUGUACCUGUCCAACGACACCGGCGGUGGACACGUGAGCCGCGUGCCCGCUGCAGACCUGACCAAAGACAGGUUGUCCCACAAACCCAGUAAGUGCUCACCAGCACAAAUCCGCCGCCUGGCCUCUCAGGUGGACGGGACUCGUCUGUGGGAGACUCACCUGAGGCCCAUCCUGAUAGAGAGGCUCCCGGGGACACAGGGCAGCCUGGCUGUACAGCAGCACAUCACCUCCACCCUGUCCUCGCUGUCUGCCGGCUGGUCCGUUGACCUUGACUCCUUCCAGUCUCCAACCCCUCGUGGCCCGGUCACCUUUACUAACAUCAUCGCCAAUCUGGACCCCUCAGCUCCUCGCAGACUGCUUCUGGCCUGCCACUACGACUCCAAGGUCCUGCCUCCAGACCCCCGUGCCCCGGGAAAGGUGUUUCUGGGGGCCAGUGACUCAGCAGUGCCCUGUGCUAUGAUCCUGGAGCUCGCCACUUCUCUGGACGCCCAGCUCAGAUCAUUCAAACAGCAGAAACUCCCCGUCUCCCUUCAGCUCGUGUUUUUUGAUGGCGAGGAGUCAUUUGAAGAGUGGACUGCCACUGACUCGCUGUACGGCUCUCGUCACCUGGCUGAGCGCAUGGCCAACACGCCUCACCCCGCAGGCUCCUCGCACACCACCAUGCUCCAUGCCAUGGACCUUUUUGUGCUGCUCGACCUGCUUGGCGGUCCUGAUCCCCUGAUUGCGAAUCACUUUGACAACACAGCGCGCUGGUUUGACCGUCUGAUUGCCGCGGAGAAGAGACUCCAUCGACAGGGUCUUUUGACGUCUCAUCCCUCAGAGCAGACGUAUUUUAGGAAGGAUGUGUAUCUGGGGCCUGUCCAGGACGACCACAUCCCCUUCCUUCACAAGGGUGUCCCCGUGCUACAUGUCAUCGCCACUCCCUUCCCACAGUUCUGGCACACGCUGGACGACACGGAGCAGAACAUGCACCGUCCCACCGUCGAGAACCUGACCAAGAUCAUGGCCGUGUUUCUGGCUGAAUACCUGGGCUUCUGAACAAAGGACACAAACAUUGACGUAUAUUUGUGGUCCACACACUUGUUAUCUGAAGACCUCUGCUCACUUCUACCCUGCACUGGAGUAAUAGUGCUGUUGAUCACACUGGUAACCAAUAAGUGACCAGAUGAACUAGAGGAGCCCCCAGUGAAAUGAACUGAACUGAACUGAACUGAGAUACCAGCUGAACUUUACCAAAGACUUGUCUCUGCUGAACGGUUGGUCCUUGGUUUCACAUCAUGGAGGAGUUGGGAGUUCCUUUAUUCAAAUGUUGGGGGCAUGUGAAGUGGAUACAGAGUAAUGAUUAAAAUAUUUUAACUAAUGAGCAUGGUGCCUGAGAAGCAGCUGGGAAUCAUAUCAUUAUAAUUUUAAAUGCAAUUAGAUUUUUUUUUUUUUUUUAAAUCAAUCGUAGCAAUACCGUUAUUUAGCCUGUAAAUUCCAUCGAGAUGCACUAAUGUCUUCUUAAAGACAGACAUCACAAUCAGUUGAGCUGAUCUGAUGUGAGCCUCCUUCACUUGACCGAAGAUCCUCUUGGCCUUACAACCAGCUGUGUUACAUUGCUCGCUAUAUUAUGUGACUGUGCUGCACACACUUUGUGUCAGUUUAAUGAUAUUAGAGUGAAGAAUCUCAACAAAUGUGCAUUUUUCACCACAUGAAAGGUGUGGUGACAUGUCUGCUAUAAAGUUUAAAUGGUUUACUCAGUUUCUCGCAGAAUGCGACGCAGCGUUGGGAAGUGAAAAACACUGUUCCUGGAAAAGUCCUGUAACUUCCAGAUACGGUACAUGCCGGAACAUUUCACAUGCGUAAUCCCGUUUUAUGUUCCAUUUAACCAGCUGAAUCCGCUCUGGCUUUACAGCACAUCUGUGAACCGGUACAUUGAAUUUAAUCCAGUCAUAUGAUGCUUGCGUCUAAUGUCCGUCUUGUAUCGUGUUCCAUGCCCGUAUAAGACGAGGUACAAUGUCUGCUGAGCGUUGUUUUACUUGCAAAGUGUUUGUCGACCACAAAGUAAAAAAUAUUAAGUCAUGUCCUAAUUCAGUCACAAGAGAGCGCUGUUAUUCUGUGUACAAUUUUGAUAAACAUACCAAUUUUACUUUGA